AUAAAUAAAUUGAACAUAUUUCGGAGCUCAAUAUAACAAUCGAUUCGGCAGUGGGCAAUUGAAACAUAACUGAAAAACGGCCGCAGAGAGAGAGAGAGAGAGAUGAGGUUUCGGACGGUGUUUAGGGGUUCACCGCCAUUGUUGUUGUUUCAAUCUCAAUCUUCUUGGCGAUUCUUCUCUCAGCUUCGUUCAAGACCCGAGCGGUCUUCUUUUGGCAUCGCUUUUGAUAUCGAUGGGGUUAUUCUUCGUGGUCGUGUUCCCAUUGGAGGCUCUCCUCAAUCUUUGAGAAGAUUGUAUGGAGAUUCAGGCACUCUGAAGAUCCCCUUUUUGUUUUUGACAAAUGGGGGUGGCAUCCCAGAAUCUAGACGUGCCUCCGAGUUGAGUAAUCUUUUAGGAGUAAAAAUUUUACCUUCUCAGGUGGUACAAGGUCACUCACCUUUCAAGGGUUUGUUAAAGAGGUUUGAAAAUGAACUCAUUGUUGCCACUGGGAAAGGGGAACCUGCUCUGGUGAUGUCUGAGUAUGGUUUCAAAAAAGUUCUCUCAUUAGAUGAGUAUGCCGCUUACUUUGAUAACAUCGAUCCUGUAUCUCAGUAUAAGAACUGGACAACUGAACAGGCAUUUAAUCGUUGUAACAUCUCCAUGGAUUUGGUCCCAAGAUACAAUGUCUUUUCAGAUAGAGUUAAAGCAGCCUUUGUUAUUAGUGAUCCUGUUGAUUGGGGCAGGGAUAUUCAGGUUCUCUGUGAUAUCUUAAGAUCUGGAGGACUUCCUGCAGAGAAUAAUGGGCAUCAACCAGCCUUGUACUUCGCAGCUGAUGACCUUGAAUACCAGGCAGCAUUUCCUGCUAAACGUCUUGGCAUGGGUGCAUUCAGAAUUGCACUAGAAAGCAUCUUCAAUAGAAUUCACCAUAGUGCUUUGGAGUAUACAUCUUUCGGGAAACCAAAUCCAUUUGUAUUCAAGAAUGCUGAAACCAUUUUGAGACAAAUCCAGGCAUCUUGUCAUGAUGAUAAUGUCAUUGGAAUUGAAGACAUGGUAUCUCUUGAUUUUAAAACCCUGUAUAUGAUUGGUGACAAUCCUGUAGUUGACAUCAAAGGUGCACAACAGGCAGGACAUCCAUGGUUUUCAAUUUUGACAAGGACAGGUGUUUUCAGGGAAAAAGAAAAUCAUGCAGAGUUUCCAGCUGAUCUGGGCACACUUUUGUAAUGAGUUUGAGUCAAUCCAUGCUCUCUUUGGCAAGAGACUGAACACUGUUGAACAUUAUUGAUGAUGUUGAAGUAUGAUUGUAUGUUUUUGUGCACUUGAAAUGGGGAUGGCUUGUAUUUGGCUCCAGAGAAAUGAAAGGCUUCAUUAGAGGUGAGUUUUCUGCUUGAAAGCAAAGAAGCUUUCUUCAACCAGUGAUUUUCUGCACAAUUUGGAGAAAGGGAAGCUUUGAUUGGAGAAAUGCAAGCUAGUAAGAUAAUGAAAUUUAUCUUCACACAACACAAUUGGACAUAAAGGGUCAUCAUUCAAAACUCGUGCAUGGUCUGGCCAGUGCGAAUGAGGCUUGGACUGGGCCUGGGCCUGGAGUUUGAAACUCGGCCUGCCUGCCAGCCUAUUGGCCCAUAAGAGGUGACUCGUUGAGUUGACCUGUGAGCUGGUUUGGGUCAAGUCUUGUUGGAUUGGAUUUGAGUCAAGGGUCUUGCCCUGCCCGCAAAAAGAUUGUUGGGCUUAGUUGCAGGCGGGCUAAGGUGCUAUUUUCGUGGCCAAAUUCGAUGCGGAUUGUAUGUACAUACUCGGUAGAAAAUUUUGGUUGGCCUAUGGACACUAGUUUGUAAUUUUGGUUGGCCUAUGGACACUAGUUUGUACAUAUGGUCGCUCCAUGGCACCUACUAAGGGCUCGUUUGGGAAGCGACCGGUUUAGUCAAAAAGUUAUUAAAAAAAUAAAAAAAUCAACAAUUUAUACCAAAAAGU